CCUCGCGCAGUAGAACAGAUGUUAUAUCGAAGUUUAUCGAAAUUCUACCGUUUUUCGUUCACUUACACACAAAUUCGGUAGUUCUCUGAUUUUAGUUGGGUCAUCUCGUCAACAAGGCCAAGUUUUGAGUUAAACAAGUUAAAGAUAGCGCUCUGGACAUCUUCUAAAAACCAUCCUCCGCGUUGUUUCGCGAUCGAGAAAGAAGGAUGAAAAUCGGCACAAAUGUGUGACCUCAUUUUAUGACUAGCGGGAAAUACAAAAAGAAAACAUUCCUAAGAUUGAUGAACGAGGUAGUUCAUCGUCUUACAUUUUCAUUAUCUAGCGAAAUAGUGUAAAAUUUAAAAUGGUUCAUAUAUGGAAGCUAACUUUAUGAGAAGAAAAAAUAAUAACUCAGUGUGCUAGACAAAAUAGAAAAUUAUGGGCGAACCGAUUUUUACAGCAGUGAAGGAAAUUCGACCAGGUCUUAAAAAUAUAAAUGUGGUAUUCAUUGUUUUGGAUAUAGGAAAACCAACUCGUACGAAAGAUGGCCAUGAUGUUCGCUCAUGUAAAGUGGCUGACAAAACAGGGUCUAUCAAUAUCUCCAUCUGGGAUGAGGCAGGGGACCUCCUCCAAACAGGGGACAUUCUGAGGCUCUCCAAGGGGUAUGCAUCUCUAUGGAAAGGUAGCCUGACUUUGUAUACGGGCAAGGUCGGUGAGAUUCACAAGAUUGGAGAGUUUUGUUUACCAUUCUCGGAAAACCCAAACAUGAGUGAACCAAACCCUGAAUUCAUGGCCAAAGCACAAGAACAACCAGGCCAGAGGAAAUCCCCGACAGAAACUGACCAAUCACAGGGCUCCAACCAUUCAACCAAUCAUCGGCAACCUGGUCAAAUUCCUCCUAACGGUCAAAACAUGAUGCAGGGUAAUGGGCCUCCGGGAAAUUCAAGGAUGGGUAGGCACCCUGGACAUGGAGCGAGGAGCGGGCCACCAGGAGGCGCUAAUGGGCGAGGACGUGGACGUAGAUAGCAGAGGAUUAGGACAUAGCAUUUUCAGGGGUACAGAAGUAAUUGUCUGCAGUUAAGAAAAUAUCAAUACCCACAAGAACUAACCAGCUGUGGCAGAGCGCACUAAAGUGUGCUGCUAUAGUUGAGGUGAUCAUGUGGUAGGGUCACUUUUGGUAAAAUCAGAUGGUUAUGUUAUUGAACAUACCUGCAUGCACUGUAAGGCCUCGAUGUAGUGUGUUGCCUGCCCAGUUGUCAUGACCCAUGCAAACUCAAUUGAUCGAGGGUACCUGGUUGGGUCAGUCUGCUAAACUGUCGUUUUCACAUAAGCAUUCUAAAGUACAACCAGUCCUUCUUCCUUCAGCAGGCCUACGUUGAGAUCUCAUCAUGGGGAUAUAUAUGGCCCAUUAAUUUUGUUUCUGUUGUACUUCUUUCAAAAGUCUGUUGGUAAGGUCACAAUCACGUGCAAGCAUAAUGUAAGACAAUCAGCUGUGUUGUUGUUGUUGUCAAACUGGUAGACACAGCCAUCUUGUGACUACUUUGUGUAAAUCACAUUCACUGAUAUGUUUUUCAUGAUUCAUUGCACCUGCAAUUGUAAGGCUCUGCUUUGAAGCCAGGAUUGUGAAUAUUUGAUUGGCGACUAUCAAAAAUGCUGCCCAAGUUUGGUGGUUAAUAUUCCUGCGGCAGUAGUCUGUAACUGCAUGUGAAAGUUGUCUUACCCUAAUUAUUAUAUUUUAAAGGACAGAUAUUGGUGGUCUGAAAGCACAAAAAUUACCCUUCUCUCAGGUUUUGGGGAAAAGAAAAGAUACGUAAAAUGUUGUUCAUCACUGUGUGAGAAAAGAGAAACUGUGUAUUUCUGUUACAGGUUAAAUUCAUACUGGCUAUAAAUAGAACUAGGGGAAUUUCGGUAGCCGCGUCUAUAGGAGUCCUCACAGGAGUGUGAGGGGACCAGGCAGAGAGAUAUCACAGGCAGGAGUACAGCUUUCCUUGGGUUGGCUGCAGUUUUGCGUCCGGUGGUUUGUGAUGUACAUGUGCGUGGCUCAGAGAUGCAGCUUGCAGGGGACACUGAAUAUUUCCUCCAUGGAUAAAUUGACUGCUGAAGUAUAAGCAGGCAUGGGAAUUUUCCUCCUGUUGCCAGAGUGCUUAGACUAAGUCGUCACUCUUCACCCAGAACCUGAGAAAAUUCUCAGAUUCAGCCUAUUGGAAACCAUCAACUUAGACCAAUAUGGAUUUCAUUGUGCCUGAUUUCUUUUGGAUGAAUGAAUUUAGGUUUACGCAAUCAAUGUUGUGACAGAAACCUGUAGUUUAUAGUACCCAGUAAGUUUUACAGUACAAGACCGACUACUACAGAAGCAGUGAGUUUUCUUUAGCUUUUCUCAUAAGUCGUAUCCUCUGUGCAAUAAUUGGGUGGUAUUACCUAGGCUUUACGCCGUACCAAUUCGGAGGGGAUAAAAAUCACCAUAUUUGUCGAAAAAUGUGGAUUAGCCUGACAAGCUUUCAUGUUGAAGACAUAUUUCGAUGAUGGGAAAAUCUGGAAAAACUGUAAAAAUCACAAAAACUGGGAGAUCAGACAAAAGAGAAAGGUGGAUCUUCAGUUUUAGUUUUAUUACAUUUUUGGAUUAAGCUCACCCAUAAAAAAAAACAAAAUAAAAUUGAUGUCACCUUUUUUCCGAAAAGAAAAGUGAAAGUGGCCAGUGUGAUCCACUUGUGCUCAUUAUUUAAAGGCAAAUGUAUUGUGCUUGUUAUUCAAUGCUAUUAUGUAGGUGUUUUUGUAGAUCUCUACACACCUAGAUUUACUAAAAGUUUUCCUCAAUUUAGCAGCUUUGACUUAUAAUUACAUCUUCAGGAAUGGCAAGUUUUCUUUUUUUAUUGCCACAGUGCAAAGUGAUGAAAUUGCCUUCAUUUUCAAACAUGUCGAAAAGCCUCCAAACCCUCUGUUUCCAUUGCCCCGUGAGAUCCAGUUUUAAUCCCUUAUAUUUUGCAUAGUGGGAAUGAAUUGAUUUAGCCAAUAAAUAAUUAGCCUUAGGCCAAAAUUAACAAAUUAAGAGGAUGUUGUUACGUUCAGGUUGCUUUCUUUCUUUGUUGUUCACCCACCUCU